AUUAUUUUUAGAUACUUUUAAAAAAGAUGGCUUUUCUGCAGUCAAUGCCUAAAUCAGAGACAAUCAAAUUGCGAGAAAAACAUGUUGGAUCCGCCUGCCAGUUGUUUUUCCGUUCAUCUCCAUUAAAAAUAGUGCGAGGUAUCGCCCAAUUUAUGUAUGACGAGACGGGCGAGAGGUAUCUGGACUGCAUCAACAAUGUCGCUCACGUUGGACAUUGCCAUCCCCAUGUGGUUGAAGCUGGUCGAAACCAAAUGUCUUUAAUUUCAACCAAUAACCGUUACCUUCACGACGAACUAGUAAUCCUCGCUGAAAGACUUGUGAAGACUAUGCCCGAGUCAUUAUCCGUCUGCUUCUUUGUCAAUUCGGGCUCCGAAGCCAAUGAUCUUGCCUUAAGGUUGGCUCGAAUUCAUACCAAAAAGAAAGACGUCAUCACGCUUGACCACGCAUAUCAUGGACACCUUACGUCUAUGAUUGAUGUGUCACCGUACAAAUUUAACCUACCAGGAGGGCCUGAGAAGCCAGAGUGGGUUCACGUGGCUCCAGUUCCUGAUGUGUACAGAGGAAAAUACAGACAUCCAAGAGACUCGCAGUCCGAAGAGGAGUUAGGAAACUUAUAUGCGAAUGAAGUAGGAGAAAUAUGUAAACAAGUUAAAGAAACAAAGGGUGGUGUUUGCGCUUUUAUAGCUGAGAGCCUGCAAAGCUGUGGUGGACAAAUAAUUCCUCCAGACGGUUAUCUGAAGAAAGUCUAUGAAUACGUUCGAGAAGCAAAUGGAGUAUGUAUUGCAGAUGAAGUGCAAGUAGGAUUCGGCCGUUCGGGAACCCAUAUGUGGGCAUUUCAAACCCAAGAUGUAGUUCCGGACAUCGUGACGAUGGGGAAACCGAUGGGCAAUGGUCAUCCAGUUGCUGCGGUCAUCACAACACCGGAAAUCGCAAAAAGUUUCUCAGAUACUGGCGUAGAGUAUUUUAAUACGUACGGUGGCAAUCCAGUCUCUUGUGCAAUUGCAAAUGCAGUUCUAGAUGUGAUUGAGGAGGAGCGACUUAUGGAGCGCGCGGCUCGUGUCGGAAAUCACCUUCUAAGUCGUUGUGAGGGUCUUAAGCACAAACAUCGAUUAGUUGGCGACGUCCGUGGCCGAGGACUAUUCGUAGGUGUUGAACUUGUCACUGAUAAAGAAACCAGGACCCCAGCUACGGCAGAGGCUAAGCACGUUGUUAACAGGAUGAGAGAAGAAAAGAUUUUGAUCAGCCGAGAUGGACCAGACAGUAAUGUAUUGAAGUUUAAACCACCUAUGGUUUUCACAAUGCAGGAUGCCGAUCGACUUGUAGACACAUUAGAUCGAAUACUUUCAGAACUGGAAGAAAAUAUGAAGUCCGUACAAAUUAAGUUAGAGGUCCUUGUUUCACCCAUUAGAGAAGAUGCAGAAAGUGGGGACGUGUCGCUAAAAUCUAGUAUACAAAAAUAUGUAAAAGCAGUGUAAAUUAUUAAGAUCUUUAAAGUAUUAUUUUCUCAAUAGCGUAAGUUUGUACAUAUUGUGAUAAUUAAUUUAAUUUUAAGGAAUAUUUUAUAAAAUGUAUGUUUAUAUAGUUCAAAAUGGAAUAGUAAAUAACAU